AUGCGUAUCCGAGUUUUAACAGAUGAUAAUUGGUCUAUUGCAUUGUUCUGCUCAAUCGUAACGGGAUUUAUUGUAAUCGUUUCUUGUUUGACAAGACGUCGCCGUCGUUACUUUAGUCAUCAUCGUCUUGUUGAUGACGUUCAUCAUUUAUGGCCAUUCGAUGAAUAUCUUAUCCAACCGACUCUAUGCAACGUUUGUUCAUCAACUCUAUUAAGUGGUUUUCACUGUUCAUCAUGUGGCAUUUAUUUACACGAACGUUGUGUACGUCCUGCUCGACGUCUUUACCAUUGUAAACAUAUGACUGGUUCACAAGAACAAAUACAACAUCAAUGGACUCGAGGUAAUUUACCAUUGGAUUCUGAAUGUAUCAUUUGUCGACGACCAUGCGGAGCUGAACCGAGACUGUGUGAUUAUCGAUGUAUAUGGUGUCAACGCAUCGUUCAUGAUUCAUGUAUGAGAGCUCUCCCAAGUCAAUGUGAUUUUGGUGAAUUUCAACGAUUAAUUAUACCCCCUAAUGCUGUUGUCUCACGUACUGGAAAUAAGAAAAUCGUUGGAUAUGCUCAUUCAGUAAUUGAACGUAUUUUACCAUGUAGUAUUGAUGGUUGGUGUCCAUUAUUGGUUAUUGGUAAUCGAAAAUCGGGUGGAGCUAACACUGAUAUUGUCUUAAAUUCAUUCCGAACUUAUCUAAAUUCUUUACAAGUCAUUGAUAUUUCAACAAUUACACCUGAUUCUAUUCUUGAAUGGUGUAAUUCACUUCCAACUGUUGGAUUUUACAUUCUAGUUUGUGGUGGUGAUGGAACAGUAAAUUGGAUUUUAGAAACUAUUGAAAAUACGACACCAGGAUUAAAACCUGCUGUUGGCAUUCUUCCUAUGGGAACAGGCAAUGAUUUAGCACGUAUUUUACAAUGGGGCUAUGGAGAAGAUUCUGCUGUCGAUGUUAGCACUUAUUUAAAAAAAUUUCUCACCGCUGAAGUUGUUGCUCUUGAUAGAUGGUCAGUAGAUAUAACUGCUAAUGCUCGACAUUUUGGUGUAGCAAAAACCACUGCGCGUCAUAUGCGUAUGUCCAAUUAUUUUUCAGUUGGUUGCGAUGCUUUGGUUACACUCAAUUUCCAUCGUCGUCGUGAUAAAAUACCAGAAUUUUUUGCUAGCCGUUUUGUUAAUAAACUGCAUUAUUUUCAUUAUGGAACAGUAGAUACGUUUUUGAAAGAAUGCAAGGAUCUACAAAACAAUGUUAUUCUUGAAAUGGACGGAAGAGUCAUUGAAAAUCUUCCAGCACUAGAAGGAAUUUGCAUAUUAAAUAUUCCAUCAUGGGGUGCAGGUGUUCGUGUUUGGGGAGCAGGUGAAAAUAUACCGGUUCAAAAAAUUGAUGAUGGUUUAGUUGAAGUUUUCGGCAUUUAUAGUUCAUUUCAUAUAGCUCAAAUGCAAGUUGGUCUUGCAGAUCCAUUUCGUAUUGGACAAGCUCGUCGAGUUACAUUAACACUGAAACGUCGUUUUCCUUGUCAAUGUGAUGGAGAACCAUUUGAGGAAGGUCCAUGUAUUGUAGAUAUUGAACAUUUUUCCCAGGCUAGAAUGUUAAUGAAUACUGCCAACAAAUAA